AUGAGGAGUCUGGGGGCAGCGCUCCUCGUCAUCGUCAUUUUCUCUCUCUUCUCCCCCUUUUUCUCUUCUGCCUACGGAGCUGCUCGCGGGGCGAGAGAGUUCGACUACUUCCUCCUGAGCCUUCAGUGGCCGGGUACUUUCUGCCAGAGGACUCGGCACUGCUGCCCCUCCAACGGUUGUUGCAAGAGGUUUUCCUCUCCCCCUUCCCCCCUCUCUAGCCUUUUUCUCGUGGCGAUGGAUUGAAUUUCUCCUAGAUUGCUUGGUUUGGUGCUUUUGUUCCGUCGGAUCGCUUUAGGCGGAUGAAGGCGGGAUAAACGAUGGUACGGCAAGGAAUUUGCGCUGGAUAACGUCGUGAUCCGAUAAAAGAGAUUUGACAGAUUUUAUCGAAUUGAAAGACUCUCCAUUCCUUCAAUAUCGUCCGUCCGUCUACAUGCAGAGGCAUGGAUGUCAUUUUUCGUUAUCGAUUGCUUCCCCUUUCUUGGCGAGUUGCGCGCACACAUUUAUGUUCCGUGCGGUGUUCAUCUUUGAGGAAGCAUCCAUGAAAUUAGGCAAUGUGAGGCGUGAGUAGGACUUCUUAUGCGGCUCGUAAUCGAUUACUCGUCUGAUGUCGUACGUGCAUCGACAUUCUUAUGCUAUUUUUUCCCCAUCUUGAUUUCCUUAUCUUUUAUUUUCCUGCAUUUUUUUGUCUUAUAUUUUAUACAAAAAUCUCGUCUGAUAGUCAUUUUUUUGUUCAUUUUAAUUUUUCUUUGUAAUUUACCGCUAAUAAAUAACGCGGCCUUGAUUAUAUCAUCGUCACUAGUCUUUUUAUCUCGGUCACUUAAUCGAAUCAGCAAGAAGAACUUGACUGGUUAAUGUCUGUGCAGGUCUGUUGCUCUAGAUGAAUUCACAAUCCGUAAGUGCAACGACGACAGAUUAAUUUAACCGCCUAUGAAUUUGAUUAUCACCUCGAAGUUAAUUCAUUUUAAGCAGAGAAACCCAAAAACCAAGGUUUAAAUGCUUCAUCUUUACAUAUGUAUUUGUAACAGAUGGAUUGUGGCCAGAGUACAAUGAUGGAACCUGGCCAAGUUGCUGCAGCAAUAACCACUUUGAUGUGAAAAAGGUCGUGCAACUAAUCAUACAAUGAAUUUUUUCUCUGUAGCAUUGUAUUUCAGUAUGGCCAUCUAUUGAACUGCUCUAAAUCCUUCUGAAUUCAAGUUUUCAAUCACAGGUUGCACCCUUGAUUGGGAACCUUUCAAAGUAUUGGUCGACGUUAAGCUGUAGCUCUUCGUCUAACUGUCAUGGGGGAAAAGGACUUUUUUGGGGACAUGAGGUGGUUCAUGAUUUAUUUAUCAUAACUUAUAUGCAACAGCCUUAAGAUAGUUUCUGACAGACAAUUUUCAUGUUAUUUCUGAGAACAUUCGUCUUCGUGGAUGCUCAUUUGCAGUGGGGUAAAUUAUCUCCCAAACUUCUAUAUGCAGCUGAUUAUUUUCCUGGGUGAACCAGAAAGUCUUAUAGUCACCAUUUGGAUUAUGAAAAAAUAAUUGACAAUAAAAAUAAUCGCCAAGCUAUCAUAGUUUUAUUUAUUGAUUAAAACACAACAAUUCUUUUCUUUUUCUAUCUGGGUAUUGGCCUGCCUAUUCUGAACUUCGUACCCCCUCCUCUCGUUGCUUAUAUUUAGUAUGACUCCUUUGGGGGAUUUCUGUGUCAUGUCUCUUUGUAUUUAAAAUACUUGUUUUAUUUUGACUCGCUUGCCUGCAGAAAAACACGGUACUUGCUCCUCUCCAGUACUUCAGGAUGAAUACAGCUACUUCUCGACAACUCUUGACCUGUACUUCACGUACAAUAUAACGGUUAGUGCUAACGCAUUCAGCAUCCCGUGAAUUAUGGGUUUUUACUGGUUGAUUUUCCCACAAAACUAAAGCUCAGUUUAUCAUCCGAACACAUUAAACAUCUAGUCUGUCAUUUUUUAUUUUCACUGAAUGGUGCCCUUUUUAUGACCAUGGUGAACAAAGAAUUAUGGCAAGUAACAUUCUGAUAUGUAUGCAACAGCUGUGGCAAGUAAUAUUCUGAUAUGUAUGCAUAAAAAUGGACGUUUUCUGUUUCUUGUUGGUUUAUUUUUAAUAAAAAUGGAUCCCCUCUGCCUGAUCUGUGAAAUCUUUCAACCAAUCAACCAAACAUGGACGCUGGUUCUUAACCAUGCUUAUGGCGUAAAACUUGAAAAUAGUUUUGAGAGCGCAGAAAACCGGAUCAAAUUGGACCAACUGGUCCGGUUGAGCGCAGCAAACGAUUUAUGCUUUCAGCUUUCUGAUGAUGACUCUCCAAUGUCCUGUUCUUGUUCUAAAAUCAGCUUCUGGCUAAUUUAUGAACAGAAAGUGCUGAACGGUGCUGGGUUUUUAGCAAGCAACACAGAGAAGUAUAAACAAGCCGAUAUAUCCGCUGUGAUUAAGAACUCAACAGGUGGUUCUCCGUGGCUGGUGUGUUCCCAUGAUACCGUUCAGGAGCUACGUCUCUGUCUCCACAAGGAUUUCACGGUCAGUUAAUUCACAGUGUGAGAUGUUGCCGUAAUAUUAGGCUGCUAAUAAUCGAUUCUGAUGCAUUGAUCCUUUAUAAGGGCGUAUAAGGGUGUAUAUACUGCAGAUUUCAUUGACAGCAUUUUCUAGAGACAAACAUGGGUUUGUUCUUAAAGUAGAUUAUAACGUAAAUCUCUGGUUAAAACAACUAAUAUUAGAUUGACAACAAUAUUUUAGGCCAAUAGAUCAUAACGUUCUCUUUGAUGCCCAAAUUUCAAUUGCCAUCGAAUCUUAUCCUAGAACUGUUCCUGUGUUAAAACAGCCUCGUGAUUGUGGAAUUCUCUCAAGCACCGUUGAAGAUGAGCUAAAUGCAAGGGACUCUUGUCCACAGUACAUCCGAUUACCAAAGUAUACCCCCCCUCCUGGUGAGUACCCACGGAGACCAUCAAGACUGUAA